CCGCGAAGGGGCCGUGUAGGUGGCUUUGGAGGGUAAAGGUGUGCGUGGCCAUGGACAAUACCCCAGGAAGACACCCAUCAGAAACGGAGGUGGGCAGAGGCUUCGUUUCAGCCUUCACGUGGCGCCCGUGAGCCAUCGAGUCUCACGGAGUGAUGAGAAGCUGGACCUGCAGGCCUUGAAGAGGAUCCUGGGUUUUACCUGGGGUGGGAAAGGCAUCCCCGGGUGAGCGGGGUCUCCCCAGUGGCGGGGGAGGGGUCUUCUCCUCCGCCUCUCCAACGCCUCGCCCCGCCCCGCCCCUGCGCCCAGCGCCGCGGGCUCUUAUCCUCAGGUUUCCCUCGCCAGCGCGUGCGGGCUAGACAGAGGUGGCCCUAGAGACGGCAGGGGCCGGGCACCAGCAGCCACCUCCCUCUCCCUCCCCACGCUAACUCUCCGGGCGCCCUCGCCCGCCGCGGGCGGAGCUGGAACAGCGGCGCUCCAUGAUCCCCGCUCCCACCCUACCCUGUCCCUUCCUCCUCGGAGCCCCCCAGCGGCCGACGCGGUGCAGCCCGGCCCGGAGCUAGCAGAAACACGGGCGCCCACAGAGCACUGGAGAAUGACCUGAGAACACAGAGAACCAGCGUUCAGCUGCCAAGGGGCCAAGGCAUGAGCUGGGGUUGUUCUUCCCAAUGGCAUCUCCCCCUGGUCUGGAACUGAAGACAUUGAGCAAUGGUCCCCAGGUUCCAAGGAGACCAGCCCCGCUGGGCCCAGUGGCGCCAUCCAGGAUGGGUGUGGAGAAUGCCUGCUUCUUCUCUGAGGAGCAUGAGACUCAUUUCCAGAACCCUGGGGAUGCCAGACUGGGUAGCACCCCCAGUCCCCCUGGAGGUGUCCCCUCACUGCCCCGGUCCCAGCGGGAUGAUCUUUCUCUGCAUUCAGAGGAAGGGCCAGGCCUGGAACCUGUGAGCCGCCCAGUGGACUAUGGCUUUGUUUCUGCUCUGGUUUUCUUGGUGAGCGGAAUCCUCCUGGUGGUAACAGCAUAUGCCAUCCCUCGAGAGGCCCGAGUCAACCCUGACACAGUGACAGCAAGGGAGAUGGAGCGCCUGGAGAUGUACUACGCCCGCUUGGGCUCGCAUCUGGACAAGUGCAUCAUCGCGGGCCUGGGGCUGCUCACAGUGGGUGGCAUGCUUCUGUCUGUGUUGCUCAUGGUCUCUUUGUGCAAGGGUGAGCUGUACCGCAGGCAGACCUUUGUCCCUGGCAGGGGAUCCAGGAAGACCUAUGGCUCCAUCAACCUGCGUAUGAGGCAGCUUGCUGGGGAUGGGGGCCAGGUCUUAGUGGAGAAUGAGGUUGUCCAAGUCUCAGAGACCAGCUAUACCACACAGGGCUCUUAAGUAAGAGUCCACCCUAUCUUGCUGCUUUAGCUGAAGAGCUUGGAAGUCCCCCAAAACUUGGGGCUUCAAAGUGAGAUCCACAGAGGGCCCUGUGGAGGGAGUUUUGGUGCUGGGGUGGGAGCAGCCUGGGUUCUGGCUUAGGCCCUACUCAGGCAAGCACUGCUGAUGUGUUUUGCAGCUUGAAGUUUUUGCAUAAGGCUUUGUUUGGAGGAUGGCUUCUGCUGCUAAAAAUACAUUUUUGGAAACCACUGCUCUUAGAAGAUGAGGUUGCUUGGCAUUUCUCAGGGUUGGGACUCAUGCGAAAGGGUGACCCCCGUUCCUCAUGCCUUGGGAAUUCUGAGACCCCACUGUCUUCACUAGCCAAUUGAGAGUGUUGGGUGAUCAUCUGGAAUAGAGCGUGGCUUCAUGGUGAUGGGAGAAGUCGGUUCUGAGUUGACCCCCUGCAGUACCCAACUGACUGAACCAUAACCCUUCCCUCUCCAGGCCUCGGUUGCUCCAUCUCUAAAGUGAGGAAUAGGAUUGGGUGAGCCACCGUGAGCCACAUCUGCCCUGGGAAUAGGAAGCCAGUCUGCCUCUGGCCAACCUACAAAGAGGGAUGAAGGUUUUUGACAGGGACUGACCAUUGUCAGUGCCACCUUCUGGCCUGCAUUGGUGACUCCCAGUGCCAGGAGCAGUGGUUCUCAUGGUCCUGCUACAGAGCCUGGGUGAACGGGUUUGGUUCAAUCCAGAAUUUGACCCAGUGUGAAUUGGUCUUGGAAUUUGGUUUCCUAUGAUGGCUGAUUUUCUGCAGUGGUUCCUUUCAAAAGCGCACUGGGCACCUAGGUGUGAGGACUUGGUUGUAUUUCUGUGGGCAUGUUGGGGGUUUAUCACCUCCCCCUCCCCCUUAGUGAGCUGUUACUUAGGCCUGAUCUCAUCCUGGUAGCAGAAAACAGUUUUCCUUAAUGCUGAAUUAGUAAUGUCUGCCUUUCCUUCUCAGUGAAUUUCAGUUGCCAGUCAUCUGCGGGGGACAUAUAAGGUACACUUAAGUGGCCUGGAGACUCCAGCCACAUGGAUUGCUGUUGGCAUUCUGUCUUCAGUGAAGUAUUUCUGGGAUCCCUCCAAACUUUAUUUAAACUUCUGACAAUGGAAGUAGACAUUAGGGGACAAGGAGAUGGUGGCAGACAUUUGGGGAGCACUGUCCAGGCCAAAAGGCCCCAGAAGACUUCCAGAGCACAUACUGUCUAGGCUAUGGGAAGACUCUAAAAGGGUCAUUUCCCUGAGCCCCUGCUCCAGGCAGGUCCCUCGCCCUCCAUCUUAGCUGCCUGUAUAAGCUGAGAUCCUAGCUGUUGGUGGGGGUAAGAAUCUGGGGUGGCACAGGGACUGUAGGCUGGAGAGGUCCUGACUGUGUGGAACAUGAGCCUUCAGCUCAGGCAGCUUGAACAUCUGGGCAGUAUAAUAUCACAGCUUCCGAGACAGAUCAAAUGUCUGCUCAUUGGCGGUUUUUGCCUAGAGCAGAGAGCUGGGGGAGGGCUGAGGGGGACAAAAUUGUGCAGCUUGCCUUUGGAGGUUCUGCUAGUGUGGCUGAACUAGGACAAAGCUCAUGAGAGCAAAAGGUCCCGAUCCCAGGACUUCUUCAAAUAUGUUGAUUUUUCCCCUGCUAGAGCAGGGAAAUACUGGACAAGGUGGCAGGAACCAUGCUAGAUGAAUCACAGUGAGGUAGGACAUUGCCAGUGACGGGCCCCAGCUUCCCCAACCAUGAUAGUAAUAAAUGUAUCAAUCGGAGCAGUUUGGAUUCUGGUGGCAGUAGAGGAGGCAUGCUAGGCUACAGUUCCUACUGAGAGUCUCUGCCUACCACUAUCCAUUUGGGUCAGUUUAAGCACAAUGAAAUGUACUUAGGAGCUAAAUCUGCUGGAAAAAAUAUAGGAAUGGCAGAUUUUUUUUCCCAAGCCAGUGGAACCUGCUUUGCAUUCUGAUGGGAAACUUCUUUAGAAACCACAUGCAAAUGGAUCAAGACAGGCAUUACCUUGUCCGUGAAUUAAGAUGAUUUGAGAGGCGCUGACAGUAUUUCCCCAAGAUGCAGCCGAGAUCUCACAGCCCAUGGACCGAGGCUUAGGAAGGAGCCAGGGAUGGAUGAGGAGUGUUGAGAACCUUCUGUGGGUCUCUUUUGGAUUAGAUGUGGAGUUGUCUCUGUGGCCGCUGGAACAUGCCUGCCUCCCUUCUAAGAACUGCCUCUGCCACCCCAUUAGGUUCCCAAUAUUGCUUUCCUCAUUGUAUCUGAAUAGACAGAGCUUUCUGAACUGGUAAGAUCUGGGUUUGAAUAUGAGCUCUGCCACUUACUGGCUGUGUGAGCUUGGGCAAGUUACCCCACCUCUCUGUUUAAGUGGGCUAACUGGGUCAUACCACAUUCCUAGGGUGAGAAACAUGGUUGGCAUAUGUAGUAGGUGUUAUGUUUGAAUGAGAGGAUGAAACAAGAACAUCCUAUUCCUGACAGGGCAGGCAGUGCCCUGUGCAAUGUCCUGGAGCCCCACAGUACCUGCCCAGCUCCCUGGAGUCUUGCUGGAAUACUGUCUUAGGGUCAGAAGAUCCCAUGACUAGCAGUGUGGGCAUGGCUUGUCAGUGGGUCUGCAGCUGGAAUGUCCUCUCUGGGCCUUGGUUUAGCUUUGUUUCAGGGGUUUCCCUGAGGGAGAAAGGUAUGACAUAAUACAGUGAUAACUGGACCUAGGAGACACUUGCUGAGGCAGAGGAAUCUGUAAUCCUGACUCUUGCUCAUCUGAGGGCCAGGCCUGUCAUCACUAUCUCCAUUUCCUUACAGGUACUGUCUGAGUCUCCCAGACAACAGGGGUUGCUGGCUGAUUCGACCACCAUUGUUCCUUUUCUUGGGAAUAGCAUCACCUUCCUAGGGAUUUUCUUUCAAAUGUCCUCCUCCCUGCAUACACAGUUCUGUGCACGAGGACACACACACACACACACACUCACACACACUGCACCCUGUCUAUACCUCUGCAGCUUUCUCAUUUGACCUUGCUUGGGAGCCAAGGACUCAGCCUCUGGCUGCAGAGCUCUAAGCCAGGGCAUCCUCUGGAAGCUGAUGAUGGUUUCUUCCUCUGUCUGCCACAGACCCCAUGGUUUUAAGCUCACCAUCCUCCUAACAACAGUCCAGUGUCCUCUUUAGUUCCCCUCCUGUUUCCUUAUUGGGAAAAGAAGAGAGUUCUGGGGGAUUCCAGAACCCUGGCACUAGGGGACGGGACUGAGCUGAGAACUGGGGGAACCAGGUCAUGCUGGUUACCACAAUCAGGUGGAUGACAGCAAGCAUGGGGCAGGAAAAGAAGGGCAAGAAGCCAGAGGUGAGGUUACAUUAUAAGUAGGAUGUCAGUGGUAUGGACAUUGGUGGGGAGAUGUCUCCCAUUUGGUUUGUUGGUUUUCUCUCUAAUUUCUCCACGGUUAGAUUGAUCUGAGAGGGAAGCUUGCUGGAGUCUUUGCUGAACUGGAGUGGCAGGGAGUGCCCAUCAGUGGAGAUAGCUUGCUGGGGUCAUAGCUGAACCAGAGUGGCAGGGAGUGCCCAUCAGUGGAGGUAGAUUGCUGGGGUCAUGGCUGAACUAGAGUGGCAGGGAGUGCCCAUCAGUGGAGGUAGAUUGCUGGGGUCAUGGCUGAACUGGAGUGGCAGGGAGUGCCCAUCAGUGGAGGUAUGUUAACAUUGCCAGGAGUUAGGUAUCUUCAGACAUGGAGCAUAAUGGAAUUAGUUGGAUUUAGCUGAGACUCCCCUAAGCUUCCAAAUUGUUCAUUUGAGAAGAACCAGAGUCUUUGGGGCCAGAGCCUGAUUUUUGUCCUGCUCUAGCUUCUUGUUCUCGAGCCCAUGUGCAUCAUUCCCUUUCCUCGUUUGUCCUGAGCAGAUGGACAGCAGGACACCUGCAUAGUGCAGAGGAUGGCGCAGUGUUGGAGCAUUGCCUGCACAUGAAUCUCAGAGGGACAGAGGCCAAUCCUGAGGGUCCAUGGAGGCUGGUUCGUCAGUGUAAAGGAUGACUGCUCAUGUGCUUGGCAAUCGUUAGUGUUCCCUGGCCUGUUUCUUCUGGAAAGCAGCUGCGCUAGUUGCAAUGCCUACCCCGUGAGACUAUGGCGAUGGGUAAAUGUGUCUUUAAAGCACUUAGCACAGUGCCCUGCAUUUUCUAAUAGCCCCAAACUGCUAUUCAUGUUCUCUCAUUCAUCCAUGGUAUCCUGCCAUGGUUUGACAGAUAAGCACAGUCCUGGCUGGGCUGCACCCAGGCUGUCUUGUGCAGGAUGGCAAGACUUUGCUGUGAUAUGGAGUGCAGAGGGAGAGGAGAGAGGAAGAGAGGGGAGGGGAGAGAGAGGAGAAGGAAGAGGAGGAGGAAGAGGAGGAGAAAGAUCUGUGUGAGUUGGAGGUUAGGUUGUUUUGGAAAGGGAGUGCUUAAUAAGAAUCUUAAACAACUAGGAAGUAUUGAUGUGGAGAAUUGGGAGGGUUCCAGGCAGAGAGAGACAUGUGAUCAGAGGCUUAGGUCUCAGCAGCUAGUGAGAUGAAGGAGAUAGGGGGUACACAGGUGACUGAGGAGUGCCUGGGCUUCAUCACCUGGAGAAGGGGGACAGGUGCAGGAUACCACGAGAAGGCUGCAAGGCAUGAAUGUGGCAUUGUGGUGACAGGGCCUGUCCUCCCUAUACUUUCAGAUUUGCCUGGAAGGAAGACUUCUAUGUCAGAUGCACUGUGGGAACAAUACUGUAGCAUCCUCCGACCCUCCUUUAGGGUAAGAACUACAGCUAGAGGACAUGGCCUUGACUCCAUGCCUCAACUUGGCAGCCUUUUCAUAUUUGACUUCUCAGUCUCCAAGGUCAGGGUGGCGGCUGAUGGUCUCCUGGGUCUAAGGAAAAGCAGCAAGUAAGAGGAGACUCACUAAUCAGUUCUGGCCCAAGGGAACAAGGACAGGGAAAGGAGGCAGCUGCCAUGCCAACCUCUUCCUGGGAGGUGUGGCAUCUGGGUCAGUAUUGACUCCGGGGCCAAUGACAUUCACUAAACCUGUCUUCUCUUCUUUCCUCUUCUUCCCUACUUGAUUCCUUUGUGUACCCACAUCUAUCAUUGAAGCUACUCAUGGGCGAGCUGUGUCACCAUUGCUGAUCAUGAUUCUUUCCAUCAGAGAUUAAGGCAGGAGUCCAACCAAAUGCCAGAGUUUUGCAGGUAUAUCAACGAACACAGUAGUUGGCCAUGGCAGUGGUGGCAAGAUUAAAGGGAGUGUCUGCUCUGACCCACUCAAGCAUUCUUAGUCAUUCUUUCAGCAGAGGUUUGAGUAGUUGCUAUGUUCCAUUUUAGUUUUAGCAUUUAAGAGACGAAAACCCAAGGAGUACUGACAGAGGGACCUAUGGCGGCUUGGAGGGAUGAUGGUGUCAGGGAUCAGGAAGAAGGGCAGGUCCUGUCCUCUCAGAGAUGUCUGCCUACCUCCAGAAAUGGGCUAUCCUGGCUUGGAGAGCAGCCAAGCUGAAUGUAGAGUUCUCCCCAGGACCACGGAGGCUGGGUGCUGACCAGGGUGCUGAAUUGUCAUGGUAAUUCCUGACAGGGUAGCUGAGUGAAGAGGAAGGAGAGCUAGUGUGUUCUUUUUACUAAGGACCCUUGUGACUGUUUUGGUCCACACUGAGCAGGAAAAGCUUGGAUGUGAAGACAAAAUUUCUGUGGUCUGUGUGGCCCUGGGGAAAUCUUUCUCAUGCAUCUGCUGUUUCCUUUGAUUGGCUUUUUCCUUUGUUUAGUGCAGAUAGCUUCCAUCCUAUCAACCCCAGAGGGCCAAGGAGAGCAGCAGCAGCUGGGAUCUAGUGGAAAGAUCCAGCACAGAGCCCAAGCCCAGCUUUGGGGCCUAGAGGAGCCCCUUAACUCACCCUCAGAGGGGUUUAACGGGGCUAUCUCCUGCAGAGUGGAGGUGGUGUCACAUGGUAUCAGAUGCCCCUUCUAACCUGGGUGCUGCUAGUGAGGUAGCUGUUGAGUGCUCAGGAACAUGUACGCCUAGCCAGCAGGCUCAGUUUUGGAGUCUAUGUCCAUCCCUGGGAUUACGCAGAACUUUUCCUUUCUCAGAUAGCUCCUCUUUCCCAGAUCCUGGGAUGGGUUUUGCCUGUGGGUCAUGGCCAGGUGAGAUCUGGUUCUACUGAAAAGAACUUAGGAGUUUUAGAAUCAGGCUGGUUUAGUUCUGCCACCCCUCAGGGCUGUGUCCAAUACCUUGACUAAAGCCUCCAGUCUUCAUCUCAGGUUGUAGCAAGUACCGUCUGGGAUAAGAAGCUGCGCAUACUAUGGGUAGUAGAUAAACACUUGUCUCCCCACUGGUUUGGCCCAGAGUUCCUCUCCUUUGUGUCUGAGCUCCAUUCUCACUUACCCAUAUGCCUUUAGUAAUGACACCUGCCGACACCCACUGGACCCCCACUCCCUUUAAUAAGACACAUUUAGUGGUACUUCCCAGCAAUCUGCAGGCAAGUGUAACACCCAUUUCACAUAUGAGGAAGGCUGUUACCAGUCGUGUGCUGGAGUCAUUCCCACACUUGGUUUCUGUCAACCUAGCAGACCUUUCUAACCCUCUCUGCUUUAGAAGUGAGGCUCAAUAAUGACCUCAGGGUGGCUAUCUCAUAAGGGCGCCCAUUUAUUUAAAGACACUUAUGAAAUAUGCUUGAAUGAGCCAUAGGGUUAAGGGAAUGGAAUGGCUACUAGGGGUACAACCAGGUAAAAUGUAAAUAUGCAUGCAUUAAUCAUGUAUGCCAUCAACCGAGACUGGCUGACUUAGUUCUCUGUUCCCGAUAUCCGGGUGAAGGUAAAGGGCUAUCUGUUCACUAAACCCAAUUCAGUGUACACAUGGAAUGCGGGGAACUUGUCAAAAGGCAAGUUCACUGGGGCUAGAGAGAUGGCUCAAUGGUUAAGAACAGUGGCUGUUCUUCUGGAGGACCUGGGUGCAAUUCGCAGCAUCCGCAUGACAGCUCACAACUAUCAGUAACUCCAAUUCCAGGGGUUCUGAUGCCAUUUUUGGCCCAUGUGUGCACCAGAUAUGCAACCAGUGCACAUACAUACAUGCAUGCAAGACACCCGUAUACACAAAAAGAAUUAAAAUUCAAAUUCACAUGUAGUAAGUCUGAGGCUGCUCCAAGGGUGUUCAUUUCUAUCAAGACUCCAGGGAGCACUGCUGUUGGUGCUAUGUGGAAAGACUUCCUUUCGCAGUUCUCCAACCUGCAUGAUUCACAAGUUGCCAACAAGGGACUUGAAGGCCUUUCCUGAGAGCGGUAGAUUGGGGCCCAGGAUGUACUGUUGACAUACAACAAGCAUUUAGGAGACAGGAGGCUGUGGCAUGCAAGAGCGUGGUACCCAUCUACAUCAUAGGACGCAAUCACAAAAGGCUCAGCAGACCUGUGCCAAUGCCCCUUCCCAAUGGCUGAGAUGGGGACAAGCAUAAGGGCAUUCCUGGGACCUCUUGCUGCUAGUCUGAGAGGUGAUGCAGGUUAUCACACCCAGGUGUACUCAGUCCACUGAGACUUGAACUUGGAACUGAGCUGAGUGGGCACAAGGUGACAGUGAAAGACAUUCACUUUCUGAGGCAGAUCUGGGCAGCUGCUGUCUUACAGUUCCCACUUCUCAGACCAUGGUGACGAGCUAACUGGCCCUUAGGUUAAAUGAGUAUUUACUGCACUGAACUUCCAGACUGGCCUGUCCCAUUCAGUUGUCCCUGUAAACCAUUACACUGUGAAUUUCCCAGCACUUGCUUUAUGUAGCUUAUAACCACUGUCACGGUUCAGUGGUUACCCAGGUCCUUUACUGUGAGUAGGAGAUGGGCCUUUCACUGCCACAAGCACUGCCUUAGUGAGGUGCUCAGACUGACUGAUGCGUCCUAGGAUCCGUCCAGUGAUCAGGGCCUUGCUGGUUCUUACUGCCCAUACCCUUACUCUUGGCCACACUUUCCUUUUGACCUGUUCUAGGGAGCAAAUUCUGGGUCAAGCCCAGCUGAAGUGAUUGAGAAUGUGGCAUUCCAAGGGCAAAUAAGGCCUAGGCCUGGUGGCUAGGAUGCCUGCCGUGAGCAUCUAGAGAUGCACAAUGAUCAGCGAGCAAACAAAUGUUACUGACAGGUAAAGCUGGGACUAUGCCUACUGGUGGAACCUUUGCUAGAACUGCAACAAGUGUACAAGAUCAGGUGGUAAGAGAGCAUGAAGGGAUCCGUGGACUUGUUUUCCCUCUGUGACAACAGCCAUGGAUCAAUGACAAAAUGUCAGCAAUGACAAGAGAAAUCAUGAGAAAGCUAGGUUCCAGAGAGAGGUUGUACAGACUUGUUACCUGUGCUUCACCUGUGUGUCAAUAGGUGCUAACUCUAGCACAGGAAUGCAGCCCCAUUUAGUACUUGAUACAUUCCUGGGGUCAGGGUCUUAGGAGACUCAUGCCUUAGACUGGAGGUUGGCUGAAGCUCAUGACUAAGGAGAUAAAUGUAAUGCAAAACCUAGCCAGCUCUAAGAAUAGAAAAGAAUGCAAGCCAAGAAGAGAAGGUGGGAUGUGGGCCGGUGCAUCCUAGAAAUAGUAUGAGUGGUCUAUUUAGCACCAAAAAAGACAAUGGAUUUAGAAGUAGACCUUGCUUCUAUUUGUAAGCCACUGGGUGAGCUAUGAAAUUCAAACCAAGUGAGAAUGAUGCUCUGCAUCUCAUUACAUGUCCAAAGGUUUCAGGAAUUUCCCCCAGAGAAAAGACCAUCGUGCAUCACAUCCAGCCCAGAACACCCCCAAAGUCAAACCCAACUCCAUGACUGGCCACAGCCACCCCACGGUGGCCAUUAUCAAAGCCACAAGUCCUCCUCCUCAAAAGCAAGCUGCUCUGGUCUCUGCCCUGCAUGGUCUUGCUCAAAAUUUUCUAUUAAAGAAUACAAAAUACAGGACAAGAAUAUAAACAAGAUAUGACUUGACACCCUUAGCUUGGCUUCAAGCAAGUUUUUGGUGAAGUAAGAAGAGUGUGGCUGUUUUGGAAAAUACUGGCAGUUCCUCAAAAAGUUAAAGCAUUACCAUGGGACCCUGCAAAUCCAUCCCAGACUUAUUCAACGACUUGAAAACAUCUGCCCACACAAAAAAGUUGUACACGAAUGUUAACAUCAUUCAACAUAACAAGGAAAGGGACAAACGAUCCAAGUAUCCAACAACUGCAAAAGGACAGAUGUGAUGCAGCCAUCCCGUGGCUGUGCAGUCACACAAUAAAGUGUUGCUAUGAUCACAUGAGCAGUGAAAGCAAGGUGUGGAAGAUGCGGGACACACAAAGGCCAUAUAGUGAGUGACUUCAUUUAUGAGAACUGUCCAGAAUAGGCAAACUGUAGACAACUGACUGGGGGAUGCCUGGGCUGGGGGAGGGAACUGAGAGUGAUUGCUGAUGGGGAUAACGGGUUUUGGUUGUUGUUUUGGAGGAAUUAGAUCUGGGGUGGGCGCAUAUGCAGCACUGUGAAUACCCUACGACUCACUGAGUUGUGUACUUUAAGAGGGUGAAUUUCCUGGGUAUGUAAAUUCUCUUAAUAAAGUUGUUAA